AGUGAAUAUUGAGAUCUGAGUACGGAGUACUGAGUGCCGCGGGAGCAGAGGAAUCAGGUGCUGGGGGUCUUCUUCCACAAUCGUAAUUAGAAUUUCCAUUCUCGGGGAGUGUGUGUUGUUAUUUGUGCACAUGUUGCAAUGCAUUUGAAGAACUCGUCGUGCACUUAAUCACUUGAGCCGUCGGCACCAUAUGGGGUCCUUUUUUUUAUUGUGUGUGCCGAGCGGCAUCUGGUGCGUGGAAUAUGGACAGGGCGGUAUAACCUGUUAUCCAGAUACGGGUACUGAGCCGAAAAUGAUGCCACAAAGCUGCUCGCGAAACUGGCACUCGACUGCGUUUAAUUAACAAUUAAUAAAACUUUUAAUUUGCGCGCAAUUGGCACUGCACUCCGCCGAUGACAGCGCUGAAUAUAAUGUUAAUGGCAGUGGGGUUGGCAGAUGGGGAAUUGGAUAAUGCCCGCAGAUCCCAGCCAUUUGCCCUGGUAAUUCUUCAUUAAUCAGCAGCGCAAUCAUUUACGUAAAUCGCGAGCGAUGGAAAUGCGCCGAGCAACCAAACCUAAUUACAAGUUAUGAAUAUCUCAUCGGAUAAUAAAUCGAUAGCCGGCGUUUAACUCUGUCCAGCCACGACCAUGAUGACGAUGAUGAUGAUUAUGACGUGGACACGAUGGCGAUGAAUGGGUUGGUUGCCCGGUAUCGUUGGCCGUCCGUUUGUCCCACCGGAAGUGGCGACACUUAAUUGCGUAUUGAGUGCAUUUUCAAUUUUUAUUGGACCGUCCAUACAGUCGAGCAUUGUGCUGCGGUGUGGCGAGGUCAUUAAAUCCACUACCACUGCUGGGAAGUAUGCUACGAAUUCGCAAUUUGCCGCCCCACCACGAGAUCCGCCAGAGUGGGCGUGGCAAUGGCACCCACGUACUCAUUAGCAGUAUCUAGUGCGCGAUAUCCACCUAUUAAUCGAUGCUGAAAUUUGUCGUCUUUAUCAGUUGCCACCUGAUUGCUACCAUGCAAAAUACUACCAACCCACAAUCAGAGAUAAACGAUGAAGUCAGUCUUUAGAAGUCAUCCCAACAUUUCGGUCACAUGGAAAUGGAAACAGUAACCUGGUUAACUAUUAUUUUGGUGACCUUGAUGGGUCACCAAACCGCUGCCGUGGAUUUCGAAGAAUGUGCCAAUGUCCCACAAAUGGGCAUUUACGUGGCGAGCUUCAGUAAUUGCUCAAAGUAUAUUUACUGCGCUGGACCAGGAUCUUUUGAGGCUGAGUGUCUGGCAAGUUAUUAUUACGAUGAGGAGCUGGACCGCUGUGUGGAUCGGGCUUUGGUGAAGAGAUGUCAGGAUCCACUGGUCGGCACCACCAAAUCGCCUUCGGUGGUUAAGAAACCACCCAUUGCAGCUCAGAAGGCGGAACCACUGGCCAUUACCCUGCGACUUUUACCAAACGCCGGACCCUGUUAUCCCUAUAUGGUGUGCUUUGAAGGAGCGGGCCUGGCGAAAGCCUGUACACCGGCUCAUCUCGUGUCCUGUAACCGUCGUCAAUCACCAGAGAAUAUCACCAACUGCCAGACAGGAGUUUAUGGAUUUAUGCCACAUCCCCGAAACUGCGCUUACUUUUACUACUGCUCCAGUGGCACCAAGCUCCUCCACCGAUGUCCUUUGAACUACACCUGGCACCACGAACGGAGGUCCUGUGUCCAGCAGUCCGAGAAGAAAUGCUAUUCCGAGAGAUUUCGCCUUGUAAAGAAGUAGUCGUGGAA